CUGCCUGUGGCUUCUUUUCCCACAUGUCAUUCCCCACACUGUCUCUCCUGUUUCCUAAUCUAUCAACUACCCCGUCGGAUAUAGACAAAAAGCAAAAAAAAAAUCAAUAUUAAGGAAACUGAUUGCCAUAGAAAGCCAGCGACAACAACAACCAGCUGAUACUGACUUACAAAACAGGAGGGAGUUUUAGGUGGGUUGUGAUGAAUUAAUAGCCUCAAAAAAAUAAAUGUUUGAGUUCUCCAGAUGGCCACGCUUGGUCUAAUUUCUCGAGGAACACUUACAUUUUGAUAUGAUGAUAAAAACAGUGGAAACAUUUCCAACAACAGAGCUACAGAUAUCAAAACAUCUUAAAUUGAGCAUGCCAAAGACAUGUAGACAUGUUGGCUGAUGCAAAGCACAUGUUUGAUAUGCAUUAAUAUAAAUUGAGUUGCAUAUAAAUGAGGUUCUGAAUGCACCAGCAACUGAAAUUGCACAAAGGGAGGAGCCCAGUCUGUGACACUUCCACACACAGAAGGACAAACAAUGAUUAACUGGCGUCUCUGAGUCAAACUUUGACCUCUGCUUACCCACAAUUCCUGGAGUCGUGGGCUGUGUGUCAUUGUGAUCGGCACACGGCUCGGAGGAGUGUGAGAUUAUCUGAUGACAUGGCGACCGGCUCUCCCUCUCAGAGGAUUGGAGUUGUAGGAUACGGACAUCUGGGUCAGUUCCUGGUGGAGAGGAUCCUUAAAGACGGAGCCGCCCUCGGGCUGACUCUGGCUUUUGUCUGGAACAGAAAUUCAGAAAAACUCAAAGGUUUAGUCCCUGAUGAACUUGUACUCGGGGACCUGUCAUCCUUUGCAGACAGGCGCUGUCAUGUGAUCAUUGAGGUCUGCCAUCCACAGAUAGUCAAAGAUUUUGGGCCUCACUUCCUGUCCCGGUCUCAUUUUAUGGUUGGAUCUCCCUCCGCCCUCUCUGAUCCGGAUCUGAACCAGAAGCUGCGUCAGGCGGCUCAGCAGCACGGGAACACGCUCUACGUCCCCAGUGGUGCAUUAUGGGGAGGCCAGGACAUCCAGAGGCUGAAUGAUAGCGGGGGCUUGGAGGCUCUGUUUAUCAGGAUGUCCAAGCAUCCAUCGUGCUUCCGGCUGACGGGAGACGUCCUUUCCGAGUGGACGGAGGGAGAGGGCAGACGUGUUUUAUUCAAAGGCUCGGUGGCUGAGCUGUGUCCGCUCGCUCCAAACAAUGUGAACACCAUGGCGGCGGCAGCAGUGGCAGCAGGAACUCUCGGCUUCUCUGGUGUUCAGGGAGAGAUUGUGUCUGACACGGCGUUAAGUGAGUAUCAUGUGGUGGAGGUGGAGGUGACCGGCCCUGGUGGCUUCUCAGUGCGCACAGUGAGGAGGAACCCAGCCCGACUUGGAGCUGUGACCGGCAGUGCAACAUACAACUCCUUCUGGAAUAGUUUACUUGUUUGCAAAGGUCACGGGGGCCGGGUUUACUUGUGCUGAGGCAGACGAGAUAUCUGAAGGAUCUUCAACAUCUGCAGUGAAACUCCAGAUAAAUCAGAAGGUUUACAGCGGAUGAGAUGUGCGGAUGAUCUCCCAGGACCAGUGCGUUACUGAGAACAGACGACCUUGAGUAUUUGUGUUUCAAUAAAGUGCAUGCGUACAAAGAAAGAAGAA